GCGCUGAGCCGGAACUCGGGGCAGCCGCCCGGCCUGCUCCCGCCAGGCCUCAGUCCGGGUCCCUCCCGCCGCCUCCCCGAGCCUCCGUGACCUCCCUGCAGCCCGCCCUCCCUUCAGCCCCGCGGGCGCUUCCGGGAGCUCCUGUAGCCCGGCCUCCACGCAGCCCACGCCCCUUCUCGGUGCACCGCUUCCCACGCGGUCCGCGUCCAGUUCUUUCCUCCUCCACCCUGCCCUUCCGUCCCCCUCGCUUCCUUUCUCCCCGCGACUCGUUCCUAUGAGGUACUAGCCCCCUGUCGUCAAGCUGGCCAUGGCUGUCAAGGCCCACACCCUUAGCUAGGCCCCGUCUCCCUUCCUUGGGUCUUGUCUCAUGGCCCCCCUCUGGGAGCGAGCACGAAGAAGAGCAUCUGGGCAAUGGGCAAAUCCGGAAGCAGAACUUCAGCCAAGACAGAGGGAACCGUUAGGUCACCGCAUGUGACAACUGAAGGCUGCACCCACAGGUCCUAGCAGCUUGAAGCCCUGUAGUCCAGGGAACGCUUCUGGCCGUGGGGUGACUUAGCUCUUCUGCCACCAUGAACAGGGCCCCUCUGAAGCGGUCCAGGAUCCUGCGCAUGGCGCUGACUGGAGCCUCGGCUGCCUCCGAAGAGGCAGAUGCAGACGGCGGGAACAAGCCAUUUCUGCUAAGGGCGCUGCAGAUCGCGCUGGUGGUCUCUCUCUACUGGAUCACCUCCAUCUCUAUGGUAUUCCUCAACAAGUACCUGCUGGACAGCCCCUCCCUGCAGCUGGAUACCCCUAUCUUCGUCACCUUCUACCAAUGCCUGGUGACCUCGCUGCUGUGCAAGGGCCUCAGCACCCUGGCUACUUGCUGCCCUGGUACGGUAGAUUUCCCCACCCUGAACCUGGACCUCAAGGUGGCGCGAAGUGUGCUGCCGCUGUCGGUGGUCUUCAUCGGCAUGAUAACCUUCAAUAACCUCUGCCUCAAGUACGUGGGGGUGGCCUUCUACAACGUGGGACGCUCGCUCACCACUGUGUUCAAUGUGCUGCUCUCCUACCUGCUGCUCAGACAGACCACGUCCUUCUAUGCCCUGCUCACCUGCGGCGUCAUCAUUGGUGGUUUCUGGCUGGGUAUAGACCAAGAGGGAGCUGAGGGCACCCUGUCCCUGACGGGCACCAUCUUCGGGGUGCUGGCCAGCCUCUGCGUCUCACUCAAUGCCAUCUAUACGAAGAAGGUGCUUCCGGCAGUAGACAACAGUAUCUGGCGCCUAACCUUCUAUAACAACGUCAACGCCUGUGUGCUCUUCUUGCCCCUGAUGGUACUGCUGGGCGAGCUCCACGCUCUUCUUGGCUUUGCUCAUCUGGACAGUGCCCACUUCUGGGUCAUGAUGACACUGGGUGGCCUGUUCGGCUUUGCCAUCGGCUACGUGACAGGACUGCAGAUCAAAUUCACCAGCCCCCUGACCCACAAUGUGUCCGGCACAGCCAAAGCCUGUGCGCAGACAGUGCUGGCUGUGCUCUACUACGAAGAGACUAAGAGCUUCCUGUGGUGGACAAGCAACCUGAUGGUGCUGGGGGGCUCCUCAGCCUACACGUGGGUCAGAGGCUGGGAGAUGCAGAAGACCCAGGAGGGCCCCAGCUCCAGAGAGGGUGAAAAGAGUGCCGUUGGGGUGUGAGCUUCCUCAGGGACCUGGGGCUGAGCUCCGGCGGGGCCUCCACAGCACUGAAGGCUGCUCAGAGUGACAGCUGUGUGUGGCCCCGAGCAGCAUUGUUUACAUCCUCCUUGGAAUAUGGUUGAAGAAGAGCCAGGGUCUUCCCUGGCAAUGUCAGAGGGCUGCCAAAUCUGUUCACCCCAUCUUGUUUCGAGGAAACCCGCUGGGAGUGGCACCCCUUGCUGCCUCCCCCUGGGGCCUGUCUACCUCCUUAUUGCCUCUGGAAUGGGGACCAGCUGCAGCCUUCUUGGGCUGGAUUGAUGAAGAGAUGUCCUACCUUCUUAACACAAGGGAGAUGGGUUGUGACCCCCACAUCUCUGGGGCCCUGGGUAGGUUGCAUAGUAGCUUAGGUGCUAUUAAAUCAGAAACACCCCGGCCUACUUUUGGAGCUAGGUGGGAACUUCACCCAGGGGUGGCUGAUGAAAAAAACCGUUCACCUCUGCACUCCAUAUUUGCAGCUUUAUUAAGUAGAGCAAUGCACUCCCCCACAGCCUCUAGCCCUGGCUCUUCUGCCUGGCUUCUCUUGGCCCAGUGGGGCCACCAUCCUGUUCACAGCCCCUGGCCCUGCUACUGGCUGUGUUCCCUUUCUGUUCUCCCUCCUUCAUCAUCAGUCUCCACCAACCCCUCCAUCUGAAGAGCCAGGAAGUGGGGUCCCCUCACAGCCUCUGUUCCCAUCAUAAUGGUAAGAGACAUUUAUGUUCUCUGAGGCUGAAGGAGCCCACCGGUUCUCAGAGUUAGCCUGUCACAAAAGUUACAGUGAUAGAGUUAGCUUCUAUCACAAAAUAGCCCAGACCAGGUGGCUCAGAACAUUGGAGGUUGGUUUAUAACUGUUCUGGAGGCAGCAAAGCCCAAAUCAAGGCACCUUUGGACCCAGUGUUUCAAAGGAAACCCCUUCUGUUCACAUCUUCACAUGGUAGAGGCACAGACAAAACCCCUCAGGUCUCUUGCGUAGCAGUACUAGCCCCAUUCUUGAGGAUUACACUCCAUGACCUGAUCACCCCCUAAGCCUUCAACAUAAGGACUCCAACAUGAAUUUGAGGACAGAAGCACUGAGACUAUGACAGCACCACACCCUCCUAACCUCAGGGUAGCUGUCACUGUCCUAGUCCCUUCUGUUGGGCCUUUUGUCCCCCAUUUCCUUGGGGUAAUGUCUGAUGUCCUUGUCCCUGUCAUGAGAAGAUGGGGAGACCUUGUCCACCCUUUGAUUCCUACUUCCCACAAACCCAGGUUCUAAUGAAGUUGCUGGGGCCUGAUGCCCUGAGUUGUAUGUGAUUUAAUAAAAAAAAAAAAAAAAAAA